GAUUUUCGUUUUCGUAGUAUUUUUUAACUGUUAUUAAUUCCUUGUGGAGUAAGUACCUAAUGUUUGCUUGAAAGCCGAAAUGUUCAGUUUCAACAAGAAAGCGGCUCCCGUGAAACGCGAAAGAAAGCGUGAUCCAUCUGAGUUGGGUCUAUUCGGUAUUACGGACGAUGCUGACGACAUCAAUGACGACGACUUGGACGUCGGUGGAGAUGAUCCGGACUUGUUGGCAGAGUUGGCCGCGAUUACUUCCGGGUCUAGCAGUGGUGGUAGAAAAGCAAGACCAAAGGCUAAGACGAACGCAGGAAUAGUGGCACCGGAAGCACUCGAUGCGAUGAUAGCUGCCAGUCUUAGAGACAUUGGCAGCGACGAAGAAAUUUCUGACGAUGACGACGAUCCGGAUUUAAUGAGUGAACUUGCAGAGAUUGCUGGUGACGAAGGGGCAAGUGAGGAACCAGAACUGAGAGGAUCACCACCCAAAAAGGCAGCUCCUUCUGGAGGCGCUGUAAAGGACCUGAUUAAAUCCAGAUUGGAAAUGUACACGAUUGCUGAACAAAAUGCUAAAAAAGCCGGAGAAUCCAGUAAAGCUCGGCGUUUUAACCGCGGUUUAACUACUCUGAAAGAUUUAUUGAAACAAGCCGAAUCAGGCAAAACGAUAGAUCCAAACGAAAUACCACCGGAAGUAAGCGUUAAGAUUGCAGGAGCUGCUGGCUCUAUGCCUACUACAACAAAAGAAAAAUCGGAAGAUGUUCCACCGGUUCCAACCAGACGAGCUCCCGCACCCCCUCCAAUAGAUCCGGCUGCAGUGCCUGCACCGUCAGAUCCGGUGCCAAUAUUUGAAUCCACCAGUACCCCAAAGUCUCCCGAAAUAAAUCGAGAAUCAACUCAAAAUCCUCAGCUGAAACUGCUAAAUGAACGAAAAGAUCAAUAUAAAGCUGCCGCAUUGGAAGCCAAAAAAGCUGGCAAUACGGAAAAAGCUUUAAAAUAUAUUAAGACAGUCAAGCAGUUUGACACGGUGAUCAAAGCGCUUGAAGAUGGUCAGGAAGUGGAUUUAAGCCGCAUGCCUCCACCACCUUCAGAGGCUGAUCCAUCCGCUAUUGCUCCUCCACCUGUGCCUCCUAGAAGAACUCGUAAAGAAGAAGAUCAUUUACAGCAAGAUGCCGAUGUGCCUAAUCGUUCGUCUACUGCAGAACUGCCGGUUCCAGAAGUACCGGAUCCCGAGGAAGAACCCGAAGAAAUUCUCAUCCAAGCGUCAACCAUUAUGGAAGCGCUUCAACAACGCAUGGAAAAAUAUAAAUCCGUAGAAAAAGCGGCAAAAGACGAAAAUAACGCUUCUAAGGCUCGCAGAAUUGGACGAAUAGUGAAACAGUACGAGGACGCCAUAAAGUUGCAUAAAGCGGGCAAACCAAUUCCGUUGGAUGAACUUCCGACACCACCCGGCUACGGUCCGAUUCCGGUAGACGAGUCAGCGAAACCACAACCAACACCAUCGCCACGCCCUACUGCAAAGGUGGUGUCACCAGCGGUGCCAGCUCCAGCUACAACUGCCGUUGCAGGACCAAGCAAAGAAGCAAAACCAUCGUUAACGCAGAAUGAAAAGCAGAUAGCAGUGCUGAUGCUACGCCAAAAGGAAUACCGCCAGGCCGCAGUGGAAGCGAAACGGGCGGGCGAAUUGGAAGAAGCCAAGGAGUACAUACGAAUCUUUAAAGGCCUCGAAAAGCUGAUUGAUACGGCUCGUGGAGGAAUACCGAUCGAUAUGGCUACUGUUCCGAUAGCUCCGGCAAAGCGAACCUCACUGGAGGAUUCGUUCACCAUUGUGGCCGAGGAGGAUUGUACGGCAACCGAUGAUGCCGAUGUGGAUCUGAAUACUCGACUGGAGGAGCAGCUUUCCAAACAGUUGAUCAUGUGCAGGAACACCAGGGACCAUCACAGGGCGAUGGGAGACGUUGCUGGGACUAACCGAUUCGAAAAUCUAGCACUAAGCGUACAGAAAGAUUUAGAUUUCGUUAGACUUGCCCACAAGAAAAGACUGCCGGUGCCUAAGUUCCACUACGAAAUGAAGCAGUUCAACGUAGUUAAAUGUAAUACGGAUCUGACGGAGAAUGAAAUUGAAGUAUUGAUUGUAAGGGGUAUCGCAUAUAACGUGCCUAAUCCGAGGGAAAUUGAUACAUACGUGAAAUUGGAAUUUCCUUACCCACAGGAUGAUCCUACCAGAGGCAAGACUGCAUUGGUGCGGGAUACCGAUAAUCCGGAGUAUAACCACCGGCACAGUAUCGAAAUUCAUCGGAAUCAGCGGGCCUGUCAACGAAUUUUUAAACGGCAAUCAUUGAAAUGUGAAAUAUAUUCAAAGGGAUCCUGCUGUUGUGAUGCUGGAUGCGGUCGUUGUGUUUGCCCCUCGUCACCGUCAAGAUUUUUUUCAUCGUGGUCUUCCUGUUUCAGAGGCUUCCUGCGCUCGGAUACGCUUAUCGGCACGGUUACGGUAAAACUGCAGCCACUGGAGACGCAGUGCGAGAUACACGACUCUUUCCCGCUGAUGGACGGACGUAAAACGGUAGGCGGCAAGCUAGAAGUGAAGAUACGUGUUCGGAAUCCCAUAUUGGCAAAGCAGAUCGAGCAGAUCAACGAAAAGUGGCUGAUUAUUGAUGCAUGAGAAGCCGUUACCAACUGACUGGUAGAAUAGUAGGUACUCAGUAAAAAUAUAAAACAAGAAAUUCGACGGAACUGCGAAACUUUUUACUUACUCAAUGGAAAUAGAGAUACCGUGCGCUUGAAAGAACGCUUGUUGGCUUGCUUGAGAAAAAGAAAAGAAAUCGUUUUAAAUAUUUGUUGAGUUUUCAAAAAAAAAAGCGCCAGAUGUAAAGUGAAAAGUUAGGUCUGUUAUAUGGUAAACUACUGCUAUUGCGAAAUGGUGAGACACCGGCUAUGUGAUACAA